UAUAUAAAAUGGUAACCCUCCCCACAUACGGUGUGGGCGGAGGAUAACAUAUCGUUUUGUCCUCGCCGCCCAUGGCGUUUGUUUCGGCGACGCAACCCUCGUGCGUUCGGAUCCCGCUUCGGUUCGAUCUACGGCGGGCUUCGGUCCCCUCCGCUUCCUCUCUCCUCCCCGCUGCCGGCGCUGCCGCCAGCUCCUCCCGACACCCAGUUGGAGACAGUCGUCGCUGCAGGCGUCCGAUUGGCGUGCGGUGGGUCAAGGGGACCGAGCAAGAAGACGUCUCGGUUGCGGAUGAAGUGGAGAAAACCAAUUCGUUGUUGCAUGAUGAGGUAGACAUCGAUAUAGUGGCUGCUUCAGAUCCUGUUGCAAGUGGCAGCCAAGGUGUACUGACAGAUAAAACUUCUUCUUUGAAAACUGUUGCUCUCUGGGUCUUUGCUGCUGUGACUUUUGGAGUUUGCUUGGGUUUGAAGGAUGGUGUUGAAAAGGCAUCUGAAUUUUUUGCAGGCUAUAUAUUGGAACAGAGUCUUUCAGUGGACAAUCUCUUCGUCUUUGUUUUGGUUUUCAAAUAUUUCAGAGUACCAGUAAAAUUUCAGAAUCGAGUGCUCUCAUAUGGUAUUGCUGGUGCAAUCAUCUUCCGUGCAGUAAUGAUCCUGCUUGGGACAGCAACAAUUCAGAGAUUUGAGUCAGUGAACUUUCUACUUGCCUUGAUUCUUCUAUAUUCGUCAUACAAGCUAUUUUCUGCUGAAGCGGAGGAGACUGAUCUGGCUGAUAACUUCAUUGUAAAAACAUGCCAAAAGUUUAUACCUGUUACAGAUUAUUAUGAUGGUGAUCGUUUCUUUACGAUUAAAGAUGGUGUAAGGAAAGCUACGCCAUUACUACUCACUGUUGCAGUCAUCGAACUCAGUGAUAUUGCAUUUGCUGUGGACUCCAUACCUGCAGUUUUUGGUGUUACAAGGGAUCCUUUCAUCGUCUUUUCUUCAAACCUUUUUGCUAUAUGUGGCCUAAGGUCACUGUAUGUGCUCAUUUCUGAAAGUAUGUCUGAGUUGGUGUAUUUACAGCCUGCUAUUGGUUUUGUUUUGGGCUUCAUAGGAACGAAGAUGCUAUUUGACUUAUUUGGUUAUCAUGUACCAACUGAGGUGUCCUUGGGUUUUGUUGCCGUAACCCUCGGUGCUGGAGUUUUGCUGAGCAUCGGAAAAAAUCAGAUCGAAUGAGGUAGAGACAUAAUUAUUGAACAGAGGUGCCCAAGAAGCAGCAUUGCCAGGCCAGCUGAAGAACUCAAGAAGCUUGAAGACCUGUUCUGUCCAUCGGGUUUGUUCAUCAUUUGCAUCUUGGUGGAGCUUAUGUGCACUAAGCAAUAUGCAGUGCCCCAGAGGAGAUUUGUAUUCACUUCUACUCUUAUAAUGGUAUGAUGAUAUGCUUCCUAUUACUUUUUAAGGGACCCUUUUACAUCAACCAGGUACCUCUAAAAUAGUUCUGAUGGAAAAUAGAUAUGUACAGAUUGUUUCCAUAAAUUAGUUUCUAGGUGGAACUUUUCAUGACACCCAAUAUAUCCAGCCAUAAGGUUUUGUCAUGUAUUAUUUUGCUUCAUGUAUAAAAUCUGGAACCACUGUGACCUCAUCCCUCUGCCAGAAUGUAAUAAGCUCAAUUUUGUGAGCAACCUGGAAGAACUUGAGUUUGGUGGUGCA